GUGGAAAGGAAAAAUAUUUCAAUUCGAGUUCAUAGCAGAUAACAGUUGCGUGAAUUAAAAAAUAAAAAUUUAUUUGUUUAUUUAGUGAUUACCGAGAUAUUGCUAUACAUGUAGUUCUUUUCAAUUCAAUUAUUGCAAGUGAACUUUAGUUUUCUGUGUAAUAAAAUGAAAACACAAUGAAUUUUCUCAAAGGAAUUGGUUUCAGUGUAUUUCAGGGCCUUUCUCUACUAUUUCUUUUAGGCUAUCUAUUGGGUGUCUUGAAUUUACAUUUCAGCGACAAAAAUGAUUAUUGUGAUAUGACAUACAUGUUUGAGUAUCCUCAGUUUGUUCGGAUAACAGUACCGGAAAAUGUUGCAUACCCACAAUACGGCCUGUAUGCUUACAGUGAAGGGAGAUAUACAGAGAGAGCUAGGAAAAUGUGGUUUGAUGGUGUUCCAGUCUUAUUUCUUCCAGGAAAUUCUGGCAGCCAUAUGCAAGCAAGAUCUCUUGCAUCAGUAGCAUUGAGAAAAGCACUUGGCAAUAAUUAUGAAUACCAUUUUGAUUUUUAUACAAUAAGUUACAAUGAAGAAUUGUCUGGAAUAUAUGGUGGUGUGCUCCAAAGUCAGACUAAGUUUGCUGCAGCUUGCAUUUCAAAAAUUUUAAGUUUAUAUAAGAGUAACAAAUACACAAAAAGUGUUCCAACAUCUGUUAUUCUCAUUGGCCAUUCUAUGGGUGGACUUAUUACAAAGAGACUGAUGGCAUAUCCAAGCACACUUGACAAAACUACUAUAGCAAUCACUUUAGCAGCUCCACUUCAGGCCCCUGCGUUAAAUACAGACUUAGCCAUGAAUGAUUACUAUAAGCUCAUGGAGUUUGAAUGGGAUAUCUAUAUAAACAGCAAUGAAUCCAUUCAAGACAAGAAGAUGAUGAUUAGUUUUGGUAAUGGUCCCAGGGAUUUGCUGAUGCCAUCUGCUCUGACAUUAUCUAAUGCCAGCUAUGUUAAUGCAUUGAGCACUGCGGUUCCUGGUGUGUGGGUGUCGCCAGACCAUGUCAGCAUUGUUUGGUGCAAACAACUAGUUAUGGCUAUAAACAGAUUUUUGUUUGCCAUCAUAGAUCAGCGCACAGACCAGAUAAGCGAAAACAGACAGAUAUGGAUGUCAAAGGCUAGGCAAUUUUUUGAGGCAAAUAGAUCCAUGAUAUUAAACCCAGAUAUUCCUCGUGGUAAUACUACAAUGCUUGCAGAUGCUUUCUGGUAUGAAGACAGUAGAAGAAUCUAUCAAAUAUCACGACCGGAAAUUGACAGAAUGACAUAUCUGAUGAUAAGGCUCGUUAGUUUCCCACAAAACAGAUUUGUGGCCAUAGAAGCUGUAAAUGUUGACGACAAGGACUGGAUUUUCGGAUGUAACGCAAUGUACACAUACGGCACAUACAGAUAUUGCAAACAUGCGACGGCUCUAUCUGAAUUGACUCGUUGGACAAGUGCAGCUACUGCUUUUGGAAAACGAAAGCUGGCUACUAUACAUCUCCACAGUCUCAAAGACUUGCAUCAUGAUUGGACACAUGUAGUAGUAAAAGUAUCACCAACUAGAAAACCGAUAAUUUUGAAUGUUGAUGUGAACGACCACGCAUCGAGGCAGAUACUAGUUGAUUUACCGUCCGAUUAUUCGUUCGAAAACACUGUAGUAAUACAUGAGACUGAACCAAAUAGUUUGUACUAUGAACUCCUACUUCCCGGUUUUACUGCAGUGCACCAAUCGUAUUUACUGUACGUAGAGCCGACCGCCAGUUGCAAGGCGAGCCAAUAUCAUGUUUCUGCGGAAUUUCACGUGCCUUGGGCAAAGAAUUAUGAGUACAGUCACUUUUACACUCAUACGAAACGAUCGCCGAUGAAACUUCGCCUAUACGUCAGUAAUCCGAAUGUGACAUCUGGAGGGGAACACCAGCCAGUGAAAGUAACAUUGCUUCUGGAUCCCCAAUGCACUUUUUCUAUUAGCAUAUCUCAGAGUUGGUAUCUACGUUUAGCACAAUUCGCACGAAACUAUACAACGGUACUGGUACCGUAUGUAGCUGCAAUAGUACUACUCGCAGUGAGAUGCAGCUUUCUGCACUUUAGGGAGCAUGGAUCAUGCUUAUCAAUGCACAGUGCUUUGAAGAGCGAAGGUGUUAAACCGUACUACGCAUUGGUUUUUGCGAGACUGGGUGCUAUGGUGUUCAUGUCAAUUCCUAUGUUAGCAUUUUUAUUCGAGAACGCUAGCUGGAAAAAUCUGGAGCUUCAAUAUUUUCUGCGGUCAUUGCUUGUGUUGCCAGUCUACAUGACUGCUCUGGGAAUAUUGAAUGUCGGUGCAGCCGCUCUAUUGGCAGUUAUGGUGUUCUCUUCGCAGUUGGCCCAUAGAUUGUUGUUCAGAAUAAUGUGGCGUGGUGGGCCUGCACUCGCUGAGAGAGUAGCAUCGGGUUUGCAGAAAGUGCCGAUGGUAGUUAGCGCGACGCUAGUGUGCGCUGUACCUUUAUCGUGUGGAGCCGCGUCGUUGGCCGCGGGCGCAGCCUUUUACGCAUUUAUGAUUUCAAAAAUGUAUGAAGAAUACCUAGAAGAUUAUGUGUACAAAUUGAUGGCAAAGGUUGCGUCUAGAGUCUGUCGAAUGUUUAAAUCUACUAAACAAGAUAUUAAGAAUGAAUCUCAAACUGGGGUUGAAUCUAAUCAAAUCGUGGUUAGUAAUCAUGCAACUACCUCAGAAAAUAAAGAUAAUGUGAAAGAUAAUACUGUUGAACAACAUGAUGACAAAAAUAACAAACAUCUAAACAUAGUAAAUGCUGAUAUUAAAACAGUAGUUGAGGAUAGUAAAGAAUUGGUUGUUAUAAAACCUCAAGAAAAAGCAAAUGAGAACAAAGAAGAAAAAUGUGAUGAAAAGUCUAGAAGAGGAAAACAAAGUGGUGAUAGUAAUAUGGAUGAAGACUUAAAUAACUUGAAUUUUCAUGUAAUGAUGUUCAUUAUGUGGAUUUGCGUGACUCUGGUGAAUGUGCCAGCUCUGUUGACGUGGGCGAGAAACUUUAAAUUUAGUAUGGUAUUAAAACCGGAUACAUCAUACCACACUGGCUUUAUUAUGUCUGCAUGUUCAGCCUGUAUAUGGCAAAUGGAAGGGCCAAGAAGAAAUUUGAGAUAUUAUGAACCUGUAGCUGCUCUACUUUUCACAAUGGCAGUAUUUAUCCUGGCCCUGGGUCCGUUAUCCUUGACCAUUGUUAAUUAUGGUAUAACUUUCAUGUUUGCUGUUAUUACAAUCCAACAGUUAUGUGAUAGAGAAGAAGAAGAUCCUGUUUCUUCUGAAGGUACUGCAAGUACAGAUGAUGAUGGACAAGGCAUUAAUGAAGGGGCAACUGAAAAUGUAGAAAACGAAAAUAACAAGAAAAAAGGCGGAAUUGAUAAAGAAGAAAGCAAGAAUUCUAAUAAUAAGGAAAAUACCAAAGAUAAUGGAAACCCAAGCAACGAAGCUGAAACCAACAAAACUGAUGAAGAUUGUGAUGUAUGUAGUGAAAGCAGAAUAUAUGGAGCAUUUAAACGUUUAAGGGAUAAGUUUAGCUUUAGUGAAGACUCUUGAUAAACUAAGCAAAAUACGAAGUCUAGUCUCCCUGGAAUACUUACAUAUCUUUUGCACCACAUUUGUGGGUAUUUGAACACCCACAGUAUUUAAAUAGAUAUUUUUUGAAAUUGUAAUAUUGAGAUUGAAUUUGUUUGUUGAACUGAAUAAUUGGUCUUUGUGAUUUUGCUCAAUUAUUUAUCAAAAGCAGUGUUAAUCAUUAACUGAUUAUUAGAGAUCAGAUAAUCGUGUGCAUAUUUACCUAAAUUUGAGAUGUUGGAUAUUAUGGAAAGCACCUUUUUAUCAAAAAAGUGAUUAUGGGCAAUGUAAGUGUAUACUCCGUGAUAUGUAAUAAACCCAGUUUGACACAAAUGACAGUUGCACUGUUACAACAUAAUAUGGUUAUCUUAAUGGGUAAAUAAAUUUAUAUUCAUUUAUGUUUUCUAAUUAAAUAACCACACUACCAUUUAAGAGAAAUGGUACACACACCUCAUGCCUACACACAUACUUGAAUAGGAAACUAAAAUAUAACUUUAAGUAAGUAAACAUCCGAUUAGUUAUACAAUCCCAGAAUUUCAUUUUUAAUAAAAAUAUCCUAAACAGCUUCUUCCAUAAUUUUUUAGCCAAAAAAUUGUUUAGGUAAAUAUACAUCUGAUUAUCUGGUCAGAAUGUGGCUGAUUACAUUCAAAAUGUAGUUUUAUUUAGUUGAACAUUCUUCAAUAUCCCAAAUUCUUCAGAUUUUAUGAAUUUACUAAAUAAAUCAUCAGUCAUACUAUCAAAAUGUGUUUGACUAAGUUUUAUUUCAUCCAAAAAUUAAUUAAUUUAUAAUCAUUUGACAAUUAUAAUAAACUGGUAGACCUGUACAUUAAAAAUAUAUAAAAACACCUUUAAUACAGUAUCUACCAGUAUUUGAAGUACAGAUAAGUCUGAUUAUAACAAAUAAAAAGCAGAGACUGGGUGUGAAGUUAGUUUUAUUUAGAUGUAUUGAUUUAGCUUUGGAGUAGUUAAAUAACUAAAUGUCUUAUUAGCUAUAUUUAUUUAAGAGAUACAAUUCACAGAUGUGUAUAAGAUAAUCAUUUCUUCCCUUUCUUGCCUGUAGGUUUGUCCUCUGUAGUUUUCGGAUUUUGCCAGGUUAGUGGGUUGCGACGAUACAUAGGCCAUGGUGGAACAGUCAGGAUUGCAGCAAGAAUAAACCCGGCUCCCAAAAUAUACACUGACUGCGAGAAUUGUUGAACAAUAUAGCCCCAAACAAAUCCGACAAUACUGAAUAAUGUAAUAAUGGCUUUAUAUAACUUCUCAGCUUUAGCUUGACCAACAUAAUCAAUAUGGGUGGGAAGAGAACUGAAGAAAUCCAUUUUCUCGCGUAGCUAUUAAAAUCUUUUCUUGAUUAAAUGCUGGAUAGGAAAGUUAAAAGUUUUUGGACACCUUAACACCUUUCGUCUUGUCAAAUUGAUAUUGUAAUGCUGGCACUACUUAGCUAUUCGUGUUUGGUGUUUGUGAACUUGACAUUAGUCUAUCCUUUUCAUUCCCUAUAUAGCAUGAUAUAGUAGACUAUUGUCAAGUUUACAAAUAGCAAAUACGAGUAGCCAAGUGGUGUGCCGGCAUCAACGUCAAC